UUAGGUUUUGCAAAGUUCGGACCCUCUAGAUCAGCCAGACUUUGAUGCCAUUGAUUACAUAAAUAAAUUGUUCCCCACGGAGCAGUCCCUGUCUGAGCUUGAUCCCGUCAUCGCUAAAUUGAAAUUGAAAAUUCGACGACUCGACAUUGACAUUAGAGAGACUAUUCACCUACAGCCAGCCGUUGGAGAAGAUGGCCGAGUUGCGUUGCAGGAAUCGCAGACAGCGAUCAAAGAACUCAUGACCCGCAUCCAAGACAUUCGGAUUAAGGCCCAGACGUCUGAAAAAAUGGUGCAAGAUGUCACUCGAGACAUCAAGUCGCUCGACUAUGCGAAGACCCACCUGACGCAAUCCAUCAAUACACUUAACCACAUGCAUAUGCUGGUGGGAGGUGUGGAGACUCUGAAAGAGAUGUCUGGGAGGCGGCAGUACCGUGAUGCCGCGAACCUCCUAGAGGCUAUAUCCAAUAUUAUCAUGGAAUUCGAGAGGUUCAGCAAUAUUCCAAAAGUGCGGACGAUCAUGGAUGAUGUGCGCGAGCUCAAAUUAGAACUCCGCGGGCAGAUAAAACAGGACUUUGAAGACAGCUUCACAGGGAAGCAGUACUCUGGCCCAGUCGAGCAUUUACGCGAGGCGUGCCAGGUGUUGGAAGUCCUGGGACCCGAGAGCAAGAAAGAGAUGAUCGAUUGGUUUGUUCGCAAGCAAAUGGCGGAUUAUUAUACGGUAUUUCCGGACGGUGAAGAGGUUUCUGGUCUGGAUAAGGUGGAUCGAAGAUAUUCGUGGGCGAAGAGGAUAGUCUCAGACUACGAAGAGUGUUGUACUGGUGUAUUCCCGGCUUCUUGGCGCAUGAACGAGGCCAUCUUCUACGAAUUCUGCCUCACUUGGAGGAAAAAUCUAGUUUCCUUGCUGGCGAAGAACAAGACCACCUUGAAUGUGGAGCUGCUACUGUCGCUCCUUCAGAAGACUGUUGCAUUUGAAAAGUACCUGACUAGUCGAUUCUGGGUGCCCACAGGGCCCUUGGUGGUGUCUCCAAACGAAGCUGCUGGGGAUGAUCAUGGGGACGGUGACAAUCUGAGCUUAGACGGCACUCACAGUGGGCUGUCGGCAGUGGGAAGUGGACUAUUACCGUCUGGCCCUCAACUCAGGAGGAAAGACAAGAAGAAGGAGCCCAAGACAUCCAAGUUUACCCGUCUCAUCUCUAGUGUGUUCGAGGGCUAUAUGAGCAUAUACAUAGACGCACAAGACAGGCAUCUAAACGAUACCAUCAACGAGGCUGUAGUAAGUGCCAGGCAAGCGCACAAGGCCAUCAUAGAAGACGACACCGUUGAUGUUACCACGAGUGGCAUCGCAAAGGUGCUUGCAAGCUCUUCGGACUUGUUCUUUUUCUACAAGAACUGCAUGGUGCAGUGUUCGUCGAUGACCACGAAACAGCCUCUUUUUCAAAUAUACAAGCUGUUUGCGAAAUAUUUGACCUUGUACGCUUCCAAAGUUCUGACGAGAACACUGCCCAAGGCGUCGUUGUUGUCUAGUGUGGCCGUGGAUCAGCGCGUACAGCAGGAGACCCUAACACCUCAGGAGAUAUACGUAGUGUGCUCGAUUCUGAACACAGCCGAGUACUGCUCAGACACCACCGCCCAACUGGCCACCAAGCUUAAGGAGAAGAUUGACGUGGAAUACCAAGACAAAGUUGAGUUGCUUGAGCAGCAAGACGGGUUCCACGAGGUCGUCAGUUCGGGAAUUUCGCUUCUGGUGAGAUCUCUCGAAGUAACCUGCGACGAUGUGUGCAACCGCAUAGUAACUUACAACUGGGGAGAACACACCACUGUGGGCGACACGUCGCCGUAUGUCAGCGUCUUAGCGCAGGCUCUCAACAAUGCAAUUCCGGUUAUUCGCAAUGGGGUGGAAACCAAAUACUUCAAUAACUUCUGCAUGAAAUUAGUCAGCUCUUUUCUUCCACGCUACUCGGCGUCUCUGUAUAAGGCACAUAAUGUGUGCACUGUAGCGGCCGAACAACUGCUCCUAGACGCGCACGCCAUAAAGGAGUUGCUAAGCAACAUGCACUCGCUUGACUCAGAAACUGCUGUAAACAAGCCAGCAAGCUACACCAAAAUGGUACUGAAGAAUAUGACCAAGGUGGAGAUGAGCUUAAAGGUGGUCAUGACUCCUACGACUCCCAACGAUAUGUUUGUACAAACGUAUCUCGCGCUCUUACCAGACGAUGACCAAUCCACCUUCCAGAGAAUUGUAUUGAUGAAGAGUCUUAAGAAACAAGAUGAACAAGCGCUUCUCGCUGCAUACACGAAGGCUGCCAACGGUUCAUCCAUUAGUACGAAGGGUGAUGGUAUGAAGGUGGAGUCUGACGGAAACCCUAGUGUAAGUGUGUCAGCCCCCGACGAGAGCACGCGUAUGAAGAAGAUCGAGGACUUCAUCACGCGAUUCAAAUAGCUUGAUACGUUGGGCCAUUUUGGUCAAAAACAAUAAAUCUCACUCCUAAUGGAAAGUUGGACUCAG